AUGUCCGUACGGUCACAAUCAAUCGACAAUUCCUUCGAAACUUCUCGUCCAGCGCUCUCGCUCAUUUUCCAACCAGAUGAUCCAACACGUACAGAUAUCAUCGACGGAAACACCGGUCAACUGUACUACAGCGUUGACACCAUCGAACAACGAAAACAUCAGUUAACCCUGGUACGAAGGGCAGCUAGUCCGAUAGAUAGUCCAUCGACUGUUGGAGAGGAGACCACUGUUGCCUCAUUCGAAUGGCAUAGGUACAGGCCGGAUAUGGUAUCGUUCGUAGACAAUAUCCCAAUUCCCGUCACGAGCUGGCUGAAGAGAAGUCUGAAUCCCUUCAACACGACUGUGUCCUUCAAGGACCAAACCUGGAAAGCAUAUCAAUGGAAGGGGAACUCAGCUGGUCUAUCCUUGACAUUAUACUCCGGCAACAUCGCAUCACCUGUCGCCAAAUUUCACAAACAACACCCCCCUAGCAGCUCUCUGCCACGAGGUUCACCGGCGUCUUUAGUGAUAUACGAUCGUGACAUCGCAAGUUCAACAAGGCUCGAUCAUCUCGUGGCCUCCUUCCUGUACCUUGAGAAAAAACGCAGAGGGAAAGAGGAAGGAGAGUUAUAUCACAACGUUCACCCUCAGGACAAUGGCGACGGCAUGGCGUUGAGCUUAUUAGGAAGGACUUCAACACAGUACGAGUGA